CAUCAUUGCUGGCUUCCCCGCCGCUUACGCGGAAAAGGUGGGGAAGACGGGCGACGCGAUGUAUAGAGCGCGGGGCAGCGCAUCUCGCCUCCGACGUCGCCGCGGGGCGCCCUAGAUCGGCCGCUGUUGCUCGGGCGACGCAGGUGCUUCUCGGCGUUCAUGAGCAUGCAGUGUUCUUCUAUAUUUCCCCGAUGCACAGUGCCGCAGUCGGGCGAAGAGCCCAUCGCCGCGGGCGGCCGGGCACCAAUGUGCCUCCACCUCUGCAUCCUGCCGCUGAUCACGUGCCCUGGGUUUUGGAUCAGCGACGUCGCUGGCCCGUGCUCGAUGGUGUCUGUGCCGCCCGUGUGUGCGCAAGCGUUUUAUUGGAACACGCAUCGAUUGCCUCCGCAGUAUUCAAGUUUCGACGAGGCGAACCCGUUCCCGAGCGAUUGCCCUGUUCCCGACCAUGGGCCAGGAGGCAUGGACUCCGCGGAGGACCCAGCGUCGUACGACGACGCCCCGACCCCUGGGGUCCCGAUCUUGGGGAGCGAUGAGCCCGCCGACGAGAGCCCGCUCCGUUAGGCCACGCCGGGCCGGGUUGUCUGCGAUUCACCGGCCAGCGCCGGCACCGCGCAGAAUUCGCGGAGCUCGCUGAGCGUUCGGGC